AUGUCGAGCUCCUUUGAGAAAUCCGUCAAGGGGGCCACCAAGAUCAAGGCCGCGCCGCCCAAGACCAAAUACAUUGAGCACAUUCUCGUGGCGACGCACGCGGGUGAAGCUGGCGUUGGAGAGGUUUUUCGCGCCUUGCAGUUCCGUCUGAGAGACUCGACAUGGACUGUUGUUUUCAAGAGCUUAAUUACCGUCCACUUGAUGAUCCGCGAAGGUUCACCCGAUGUUACACUUGCGUUUCUAUCGAGGCAUCCAAACACGCUAGCUAUCAGCAGCUUCACCGAUGCCCAAACCCAGGGUCGGAACAUCCGGCAUUACGCCAACUACCUCACAUCUAGAGCCAAGGCCUAUCGUGAAACGAAAUGCGACUGGGUUCGAACGAAGGAAUCUAGACUGGAGAAGCUGACGGUAGAGAAGGGCCUUCUGAGGGAGACUGAGAUUCUUCAGACCCAAAUUUCAGCCUUGCUGAAAUGCGAUGUUCUUGAGGGCGAGAUCGAAAACGAAAUUACGGUGACCGUCUUUAGAUUGUUGGUUCUCGACUUACUAGCUCUGUUCCAAGCUCUAAACCAGGGGAUGAUCAACAUCCUGGGCAAUUUUUUCGAAAUGUCCAAGGUCGACGCCGAGCGAGCCAUGUCAAUUUAUCGCAAUUUCACAAAGCAAACUGAUUUUGUGGUGCAAUUCCUGAGCGUCGCACGACAGUUUGAGCAUCAGACUCGAGUUGAGGUCCCCAAAUUGAAGCACGCGCCAGUUAACUUGGGCCGACAACUUGAGGAAUACCUCCACGACCCCGAUUUUGAAGUCAACAGAAGGCAAUAUAUUGCGGAGCAGCAGGCGAAGAAGAAUGGAGGAGGAUCUUCAAAAGUAUCAGCCAGCGCUUUCGACUCAAAGCCGACUCCAGCGGCGAACAACCCCUUCCCAAGCACCAACGGCUUGUCGCAAGCAAAGCCCGAGCCUGCCAAGGGCCCUGCUCCGGAUUUGAUCGAUUUCUUCGAGUCUAUCGAACAGAACCAAACAACAAUGGCACCCAAUCAGCAGCAGCAUCAGCAGCAACAGCAGAUGCCCAUGCAGACCGGCUUCGUAUCAAACAGCCCGUUCCAGCCGCAACCUACAGGGUUCCAACAAAACGGCUUCGAAGCACAACAGACCGGAUUCGCUGCUCAGCCCACUGGAUUCGGAACGAACCCCUACCAGCAGCAGCAGCCGCAGCCUCAGCAACAUAGCACCAAUCCAUUUGGUCAGGUACAGCAGCAGCCGCAACAGCAGCAACAACAAGCACCACAGAUGCUCCAGCCCAACUUUACUGGGGCUGGCUUUGGCGGGUUCACCCCGCAACCAAGCUUUCAGCCCGGCGCAUUGGGCUCAAUACCACAGGACUCGGUGGCGAGCUUUCCAACGGGCAACACGGCAGGCAUGCUCAGUCCCCAGGCUGGACAGCAAACAACCAAUCCUUUCCGGGCUUCAAUGCUGAUGGCUCAGCAAACCGGCAUGUCUACUAAUACCGCCUUUACUCCUGCCAGCCCUCAACCGAACCUGCAGAGGCAGUCAACAAACCCCUUCGCAAGAUCGUCGCCUCAGGCGCAGCAACCCUUCCCAUCGGCACCGAGCAACUCUCCAUUCCAAUCUCAACAAGCCCAGCAACUUCCGACCAUUGCUCCGCUGCAACCGAUGAUGACAGGAACCAACCCUUUUGCGAAAAAUCUGAAUGGCUCUCAAUUACAGCAACAGAGACCUGCUACUAGCUCUGGUGCCCUUGCCCCGCAACCAACUGGAACCACCAACCCUUUCCGCCAAGGCGCCUUCGUGAACCACCAAACGGGCAUGGGCUGGCAGCAUAAUCAGCAAUCCAUGGGUGGUGGCUUGGAUAAUCUUGAGACGAUGCCUGUCUUCCCCCGUCCUAUCCAGCAAACACCAUGGCAGACAUAA